AUGUAUGGAAUAAAGAUGAUGAAUGGAUGCAGGCAUGUCUAUCUCUCUCUCUCUCGUUGCGCCUACCCUCAUCAAGGAGCGAUUAUAAUCGCGCGGGUCAUUGUUUAUAAUGGACGAGAUUUUCGUAAGGAAGUAUUGCUAGUAUUAGUAUUUUGUCUUCAAACAACAAAUGCAACAAAUAUAGCAUAUAUUGAUUCAUUUUCAUCAUCAUGUACAAAUGCGAAUAUUGAAUUAUGUGGGACAGAGACACUACCAUAUGGAUCCGUUCAACAGGCUCUUGAAGGUACAAGAUUAUUAAUUGGAAAGAGACUGUUUAUGUUGCGAGCAGGUACCUACCUGGGAUCGUUCAACAAUGACAUUUUGAUCGAUGGAUCAUCGGUCGAGUUUAUGAAUGCCGCUUCUGUUCCCAGUUCCAACAAGGUUGAAUUCAGAUGUGGAACAACCAGCGGGCCAGUAUCCAGUCCAUUGUUCACCGUAUUCAACUCUACUUCGUUUGUGUUGCGUGAUAUUACCAUUAAUUGUGCGAGCACGUAUGCACCGAUCCGUCUCGAGAAUACAGUCGCCUCUCUGGUCAAUGUAAAGGUGGAAUGGGGUAACGGAGAGACCGCCUACGCUGUCCAUGCAUCACGUCAAAGUAAAGUCCAAUUCAGUGGUUGUAUCUUUAGUUCUGACAAGGGUACUUCCAAACCGUACAUCUACGCCUCGGAAUCAUCCAUUGAUAUUGCUAGCAUGUCACCAGCUAAAUGGUACACUGGUGUCAAUGAACCACCACUCAUCUCUUGUCAAAGCAGUCGUGUCUCUGUAAAAGGUACAGGUCUCUUGUUCAAAUACAUGUGUGGGUCUGGAUGUGAGUUGGUGACGUCCGAUACCAAGAGUAACCUCUGUCCAACGUACUAUGGUGCCAAUCAACGUGUGCUACAAUACGACGGGUCGCCAGCCUCUGCAGCUGCACUGCGUUGUGUUGAGUCGUUUUGUGGAGACAAUGUCUGUUCUUCGUUUGAGCCGCUCUACUGCUCCGCAGACUGUCCCAACAUGUUUACUGGACAAGCUCCAGGAUUCCUCAUGUCUACUCACCUAUCACCCACCUGUCGCUCAUCGGUCGAGAUGAUUGGCGAAUUGACCAUCCCCGACUUUAUCGGCUCGUAUCCAGGCGGAUAUGCCACCAUCUUUGCCUACUUUAGAGUACCAUCUUCCAAGACCUACAAGUUCUCCGUCUCAUCAAGCUCGGUAUCCUCCAUCAUUGAAAUUGACAAUGCUCAAGUAUACCAAGGUUCCGAGGACAUUGUAUCAAACCAAGAUGACAAGAUAAAGUUUGAAAGAUAUCUCGAGGAUAAUCCAGUCCACAGUAUCAAGAUAACACUCCUUGCCAAAUCAUUUAGUAAAUCACGUUCAUUUAAAUUAAAAUCUCAUAAAUCAAUUAAUUAUUUCUAUUCAAAACAAGUUUGUGGAGAUGGAGUAAAAGAUUUAGGUGAGAGUUGUGAAGCAGAUUUAAAUGGAUGGACAUCAACACCAACAUGUGGAGAUGGAAUUUGUAAUGAGGUAAACUUUGAAUCUUGUUUUGUUGAUUGUCAUGCUCAAUUUACAAAGACAUGUGAUGCAACAUCGGUUCCAGAUGAUCAUAUUGCACCUGGGUAUGUAUUGGCAGGUGACACUGUUGGUAAUAUGAUUUCCAAUCAACAGAUAUGGCAUCUACCAGGAUCUGAACAUAUGGCUUCAGGUUUUGAUAUUAUCAAAGGUGAAGAAGGAGCUCUACCAGUCUUUUACUUUGACUAUUGUACUAAAAAGGAAAAGAAUCUUUUACAAGAUGUUUAUCGUCAAUCAAUUUAUAUGUUACCAAAUGAAUUAUCUGGAGGUGCUCAUCCAAAAUGUACAUUUGAUACAAGUCAAACUUCACAUACCAGUGUUAAUGCAAUUAGAUCAACUAAAUCAACCACUUCAUUAUUUUCAAUUGAUGGUUCAAUUGGAGGAGGAUGGGGAGGUUAUACUGCUCAAGCAGCUGCAUCCUAUUCUAAAGAAAAAUCUAUUGAACAGGCUCAGAGUUUAUUAACAAGUUCUGGAACGACGCUCAUUACUACUAGUUUGGUGUGUACUACUUCGUCGGUCGAGAUGAUAGACUAUACAUUCCAUCCAAGUUUUUUAAAGGCUUUGUCAAGUGUAACUAGUUCCAUUGAUAUGGAUUUGGUUGUCAGAAGAUAUGGUACACAUUUCUACCAGUCUGCAGUGCUCGGUGGAUCGUUGAAACAGAUUACAUCAAUUGAAAGCUCAUCCUAUGCAAAGGAAUCAACAAAGGCUUGGUCAGAAAGCGCAUCUCGUUCGUUUAACGGUGCCGUCUCUACACCAUACUUUUCUGCUAAUGCUGGGUACGCCGAUUCUCGUGAUACGAGUGUAUCUGGUGAAAAGCAGGAAUCGAUGGAAUCUCAAUCGACGAGAUCAAGUGUAUUGGUGUUGGGUGGUGAGCCAGGAUCCUACUCGCCAGGUUCAACGAGCCAAGGAAACAUGUUGGGUGCAUGGGCCAAAUCACUCGACUUCCUACCCAUCCCCGUCGACUAUAAGCUGCGACCUAUCCGUGACAUCCUGUCGUCAAGCUGGAAGACCAAGGAUGGCAGCAGCAUCAAGACCAUGUGGGAGAGUGCCGAACUCAAGUACUACCAAGAAAACGCUUUCAAGGAAUCGUUCGCUGGUAAAAUACCAGCAUCUGUCUUUAUCACAGUCAAUGAUCCCAAUGAAGACAUGGUUGCACCAGCCAUGGACCAACCUGCACAUAUCACAGUUGAAUGGUCGGGUAAAUCGAGUAAAAUCGAAAUCAAGGGUAUCUUUAAAAAUACCUCUCUCGUUUCCUUUCCCACUACCCUAUCGUUUACUCAAAGUAAGGCUGCUGCAGACUCGUAUCAAUGGAGUGAGACUGCUUUCCAAAAUGUCACAGGUUUGUCGUGGUGGAAAGCUGGUAUUGCCAAGUCGUACCAUCUCCCAACCUACAGAAACUCGCUUCGACUCCCUUACCGUUUCGACUUUGAUGUCUCGAUGGAUCUCGACUUUUUCAGAAGCUCGGUUGUGCCAACCAUCACAUUCAACCUGCCAACACUGCCAACCAACAAAAAGUACCAAUUCUAUUUUGUUGAUUGGAAAAGAAGCUACGGUUUCAAGUAUGAUCAAGCUACCGGUGGUGUUGUAACUACCAACACCAAGGAUUUGUACAUGUCGUAUAUCGGGAGACGUUGGGGAACACUACCCUCCAUGAUUAUGGGUCCUACCCCUCUAUGUCUCAAUGCACCAGCUGUCGGUACCACUGGCCAACCUUUUUUGGACUUCUACGCCACCUGUCUUGGAUUAACACAAAGAGCUGACAAACUGACACUCUACCGUGGUACGUCUGCCAUCAGCUCUGUCACCUAUAACAUUGACGACGCCACUACAAAUGCCAUUGAAACCAUGUAUGGAGAGACACCAAGAUACACUGGAACCGAGGCAUUUGUAACAGCCAAAGCACAAGACUAUUUCGGACACCAGUACUGUGUCAGAUGGAUUUUGUUGCUCCAAGGAACAACAACCACCGGUGGCUGGCUCAGAUCAGUUAAAGGACAUGGCAACCCAAGAGCCGUUGGAUGUAAACUCGAGGCUCCUCGUGACAACAUCCCCUGUACCACGUAUUCAACCGCAUGUUACACCUCUAUCAAAAAUGAGUUUAAAUUUAUGGAGUAUCCUUUGACCGACAUUUCUACUCUUUCACCUGGUGCAUUUGAAACUCCAACUUAUGGUGUAUUCAAUUAA